AUGAACUGGAAGCAGCACAAUUUCGAGGGCUUCCAAGGACUGAAGGCGGGAGUCACCGCGACAAGCUUCUUGGAGGAGCUCCAGAGGGCCUUUGGGGAUUCUAACGCAGAACAAGUCGCUGCUGCCCGACUCAUGGCCCUUCGCCAGGGCAGACGGUCCUUUGCCGACUACAUCUCCGACUUUGAAAUGCUGGCUGCGGACGCCGGAUACAAUGUGGUCACCACCACCAAUGACCAGGGCGAAUACAAGAAGGGGGAUCAAGACAAUAUCCUCAUCAAGUUUCUUGAGCGCGGGCUCAGCAGCGAGAUUGCGAGCUGCCUCUACAACACCAGUGUUCCCCUGCCCAAGGCAUACGGCGCCUUCAAGAACUGGUAUGUUAACAUCGAGGCCAAUGCCUUGCGUGACCAGCUGCGAACCACGUCAACAAAGACCAAAAAGGGGAGCAUCGCUCCGAAGGCUCAAUCCUUGGAAAAGGAGGAAACGCCUAAGGAAUCUGCCAAAAUCAAGGUUCCAGAAGCACCCAAACGCACCAGGGUGCCAGAUGCUGUCCAGAGGAAAUUGGCGGCCGAGAAACAGAAGGGCCCCCAGCCCAGCAGGUUGGCGCAGGAAUUGUGCAGUUACCAGGCCGAAAGGAAGAGGCAUUCGAUGGACGUAUAUGUCCAGAUCACGGGUCUGGACUCAGGGAAAACGCACGGAGUCAAGGCGCUGCUCAAUAGCGGCUGCAGUACCUGCCACAUCGAUACUGACUACGCACAGGCGGAGAAGUUGGAUAUCCAAGAGCUUCCACAACCCAUUGUGGCUCGUAAUGCCGACAACACCAAGAACAUCAGCGGUCGGAUCAUGCACUACGUCGAUCUGAGGAUGAGAAUCGGUCCUCAUGUGGAGACACGCAUGUUCCUUCUGACGUGCUUAGGGAAAGCCCGGAUCUUCAUCGGUCUUGAUUGGCUGAUGGAACACAACCCCAAGGUGGAUUGGCAGGAGCAGACCAUGAGAUUCAGCCGAUGCCCAGAGCGGUGUCACAUGAGGGGUCACGAGGAACAUCAAGCGAUGAUUGACAUAGAUGCAAUCGACCUGGACACGGGCACACCGGAUCUGGAAGAGGGAGAAUCGAUCCUGCUGGUCGAUUUUGGGAAGGAAGGACCUGCGGCUGAAGGAAACGCCGGC